UCCCUCGCUUUCACCCACCCCCACCACCACUCGAGCUAAGGGCAAAAAAUAUAUAUUUUUGACCUUUAGUCAUGUCAUCUCUCACCUCAGUGUCCCUGUCCUUCCUUUCACCUAAAAGCCCUAACAGUGCCGCUUCAGCCUCUGCAUCGUCUCUUUCUCUCUCUAGCGCCUGUUCCUUCCCCCCUGUUCCAUCUCGCACUGGCUCCCCAGAUCUCCCCUUUUUAGGCCAAGCAAUCCAUCCACCACCCCCUGCACCCCCUCCUAAAAUAGUAGCUAGCGGCAUGCGAAUGCAAUUCCCCGCACCUUCUCCUCAAUCCUGAAGUUCAGAUCGAUGGACCUAUGAGAGGAGAAGCAACAGCCGUCAGCUGAGCAAGGCCAGCUUCAGCUCCAACUAGAGAUCCUGCUGCUGCUGCUGCCGGAAUCUUCUCCGCCGCGCCGCCGCCGCAACAAAAGAGAUCAGUCCCCAUCGCCACAAAAGGUAUACUUGGGAGCAUGUAACUGCUGCCUCCAAGUAAAUAGAAUCCAUUCCCCCACAUGUAUAUUUUGACUCACGGCAUAUAUAUGCAUAUAUAUGCUACGGGGGCAAACUGGUGAACUAAGAUUGAUGGACCUGUCGCCGAACCCCGAGAGCCCGGGCGGCGGAGGCGGUGGCGGUGGCGGUGGCGGUGAAGGCAGCGGGGCUUCGUCAUCGGCGGGGGCCGCCGCGCCGCAGACGCCGAGCCGAUACGAGGCGCAGAAGCGGAGGGACUGGAACACGUUCGGGCAGUACCUGCGGAACCACCGGCCGCCGCUGAGCCUGGCGCAGUGCAGCGGCGCGCACGUGUUGGAGUUCCUGCGUUACCUGGACCAGUUCGGCAAGACCAAGGUGCACACGGCGGCGUGCCCCUUCUUCGGCCACCCGAACCCGCCAGCGCCGUGCCCCUGCCCGCUACGCCAGGCGUGGGGCAGCCUCGACGCACUCGUGGGCCGCCUCCGCGCUGCCUUCGAGGAGAACGGGGGCCGCCCGGAGUCCAAUCCCUUCGCCGCACGCGCCGUCCGCCUCUACCUCCGCGAGGUCCGCGAGCACCAGACCCGCGCGCGCGGCGUCAGCUACGAGAAGAAGAAGCGCAAGAAGACGCAGCCCUCCGAUCACACCAGCGGCGGAGGCAACCCUCAUCCGCCGCCGCCGCCGCCGCCGCCAGCCGGCGCGGCAUGCUGAGGAGUGAGGACCAGUUCGUCGUACGCGCGCGCGUACGAACCCAUUUGGUAUGCCGGACUGAGCAUAUUUUAUGUAGGUUUCGAUCAAUUUGCUUGUGCAUGCAUGCGUACCAUUUUGCGCGGCUUCUUCUAUCAAACUCUGCCGAUCGUCUGAUGCUA